CUCCACCUCAACCAGCGCCGAGACCGCACCGUAAGAAGAGAGGAGGACGUCCACCCGCGUCUGUGAUUGUAAACCGAGGCUCCCCCCACCGAGCCCAAACCAUCUCCAGCCAGGAGACCGGCGUCUCAGCCGCGAUCAGUCCCGGAGGUGCGUCCACCGCUCAUCCGCUCCGCCCGCCAGCAGCUCCGCGCCGUGCCGUGCCGUGCCGCGCCGCGCCGCUCCGAUCCGCGCCGGGCAGGUCCGCUCGCUUUCCCCUCCCCUGGAGAAACAGUUUAUUCCCUGGAAGCUGGAUGAAUUAUUGGAGAGUUGUGAACAAGUGCGAGAAGAAAGCUGAGGAUCGGGAUCUGCCUCCUGCUCCGUCCAGGGAAGACAAGACUCAGCCAGAGUUGUGGACGAUAAUGGAGGGGACGUCCCUGUAUCUUCCUUUUGUUAUUUUACUGAUGCAAUGUUCCCCCUGCGUUCCUGUCACCGUGUCGACCAACAGACACAAGGUGGAGGUGCGCGAGUUCUCAGAUGCCGUGCUGUCCUGCAUGUUCCACACCGAGAAAGAUCCCAACCCGCGCAUCGAGUGGAAGAAGAAGGGGAAGGACGUUUCCUUCGUGUACUUUGAUGGGCAGUUCAAAGGCCCCUUCGAGGGCCGGGCCAGCAUCGACGGGGCCACGGUGACACUGCGCAGGGUGACCCAGGAGGACGCCGGGGAGUAUCGCUGUGAGAUCAGUGCCCCUUACGACUCCGUCAGCCUGGGCGAGACCAACGUCACGCUCAAAGUCCUGGUGCCCCCACACACCCCGUCCUGCGAAAUCCCCAGCGGGGCGGUGACGGGCUCAGUGGUGCAGCUGCGCUGUAGGGACCAGCAGAGCAUCCCGCCUGCUACAUACUCCUGGUUCAAGGACAACAAGCCAAUCAGCCCGUCCCGCCACGCCAACGCCACCUACGUAAUCAACCAAAACACAGGGAUACUGGAGUUUAAGGCUGUAGCCAAAGAGGACAGCGGCCGAUACAGCUGCCUGGCUUCCAACGGAGUGGGGCAGCCCAAGAUGUGCGAGGGCAAGCACAUGACGAUAGAGGACGUCAACAUCUCGGCCGUGGUGGCAGCAGUGGUUGUGGUCUGCCUGGUCAUCGUGAUCUGCAGCUGCGGGGGAUUCCUCCUGCACCGCAAUGGCUUCUUCAGCCCAGGACACAGAGGAAGGUCUAAUGUCAACUACAUCCCUCCGCCCCAAGAAGAUUUUAAACACACCCAGUCGUUCAUGCUCUGAGAAGCUGGCCUUCCUGUGAGAACACAUCACCCCCUCGUGAUAAGGUGCCAACACUGGAUUCUCUAGAUUUCUUUUUCACUCUGGACUCUGAAUGAGCUCUUGAUCUUCCAAAACCUGCUAAUUUCAAUCUUCCUCUUCCACUCCUUUUGGAUGGCUUAUGACAAGCAAAUUCACAAGGCUUUUUUUUUGUUGUUUUUUUUAAAAUACUCUUGCUUUGAUGUGUGGGUCGCCUUUUGUCAGUGACUUUUUUUCUGCUCUUAUGGGAUUAAGUCCAGUUUCAUGGCACUCUGCUACCCCCUGGUGGUCACAUGGUGAAAUUCCAGUUGAUCUGAAUGAUCCAGGGUCCCGGCAGAGCUUUUUCUCCAGAUUGUGUUCCUUCCCCUCUGCAGGCCAAUCUUUUGUAACUACCUUUGUUUUUCCUUUUACCAAAGACUGACCAUUUCAUUUUAAGUUUUCCUUUAAAAAGACUGAAUCAUCACAAGGGAGUUCCGCUCGAAAGCCAUACGGAGAGCAUUGUUUUUUUUCAAUCCACACAAACAUAAAUGCAGUUUACCUCAGCGUCUGCCAAUGUUUCGUCCUCUGUAACACUGGGGGCCGCAGCUUCCCGAGGGCCCAUGCCAGAUCCCUGUGAUCUCUGUAACAACUUGGAACCGGGACCAAGAGAACAGGAAGCUCCCUCCAGCCAAUUAUAUCGAGACCAACCCCAUUCCAUCCUAAUGUGCCUGCAUGGUCUUUUUAUAUAUAUAAAUAUAUAUAUAUAUAUAAAUAUAUAUACCUUGUGCCUUUUUAAUUUGUCUGUCAUAUUUAUCUACGGAAUCACAGUUUUUUGUAAAGAACUUGCCUUACUUUUUUCUGUCUUUCUAUUUUUGUGCCACCGUUUGUCAAUGUUUAUCGAAAUGGAGUGUCUGUUUUUAGACUGUGUGUGAAUGGAUUGUUCAGAGUUUUAUUUGAAUGGUGUAUCGGUAAUAAAAGGUUUUUCUAUUCAA